CAAGAAAGGUCCGGACAGCGGCGCACCAUGCCCGGCAACCUAUCUGAUAGGAGUCCCAGCAUGGAGCCUUCAGCUACUACACCAUUCCGGGUCACGGGCUUCCUCAGCCGCCGGCUCAAAGGCUCCAUCAAACGGACAAAGAGCCAGCCUAGGCUCGAUCGCAAUAACAGCUUCCGCCACAUCCUCCCUGGGUUCCGGAGCACGGACAAUGAGAGAUCCCAUCUGAUGCCGAGGCUGAAGGAAUCGAGGUCCCACGAGUCCUUGCUCAGUCCUAGUAGUGCAGUGGAGGCGUUGGAUCUCAGCAUGGAGGAGGAAGUUGUGAUCAAGCCUGUUCAUAGUAGCAUCCUGGGCCAGGACUACUGCUUUGAGGUAACAACUUCCUCAGGAAGCAAGUGCUUUUCCUGCCGAUCCGCAGCUGAGCGUGAUAAAUGGAUGGAGAAUCUUAGGCGAGCUGUGCAUCCGAACAAGGACAAUAGUCGGAGGGUGGAGCACAUGCUGAAGCUCUGGGUCAUCGAAGCCAAGGACCUCCCAGCCAAGAAGAAGUAUUUAUGUGAACUGUGCCUGGAUGAUGUCCUUUAUGCACGGACUACAUGUAAAUUAAAGACAGACAAUGUCUUCUGGGGGGAACACUUUGAAUUCAACAACCUGCCACCGCUCAGGAAUAUCACGGUGCAUUUGUACAAGGAGACUGACAAGAAGAAGAAAAAGGACAAAAACAACUACCUGGGGCUGGUGAACCUGGCUGUGGCCUCUGUGUCAGGGCGGCAGUUUGUGGAAAAAUGGUACCCUGUAGUGACACCCAAUCCCAAGGGCAAGAGUCCUGGCCCCAUGAUCCGCAUCAAGUCCCGAUACCAAACUGUCAGCAUCCUCCCUAUGGAGAUGUAUAAGGAAUUUGCUGAAUAUAUCACCAACAACUAUAUGGCUCUGUGCUCAGCGCUGGAACCUGUGCUCAGUGUCAAGAACAAGGAGGAGAUGGCAUCAGCCCUGGUGCAUAUCUUGCAGAGCACUGGGAAGGCAAAGGACUUCCUCACAGACCUGAUGAUGUCCGAGGUGGACCGUUGUGGGGAGAACGAACACCUCAUCUUCCGAGAGAACACUUUGGCCACCAAGGCCAUUGAGGAAUACCUUAAGCUGGUGGGCCAGAAGUACCUGCAGGACGCCUUAGGUGAAUUUAUCAAAGCUCUGUAUGAGUCAGAUGAGAACUGUGAGGUGGACCCCAGCAAAUGCUCAUCCUCAGACCUACCUGAACACCAGAGUAACCUGAAGAUGUGCUGUGAGCUAGCAUUCUGCAAGAUCAUCAACUCCUACUGUGUCUUUCCACGGGAGCUAAAGGAAGUCUUUGCCUCUUGGAGGCAAGAAUGUAGUAAUCGGGGCCGGCCAGACAUCAGUGAGCGCCUCAUCAGCGCUUCCCUCUUCCUGCGUUUCCUCUGCCCUGCCAUCAUGUCCCCUUCCCUCUUCAGCCUGCUCCAGGAAUAUCCAGAUGACCGGACAGCUCGAACAUUGACCCUGAUCGCCAAGGUCACACAGAACUUGGCCAACUUUGCCAAGUUUGGCAGCAAGGAGGAAUACAUGUCCUUCAUGAAUCAGUUUCUGGAACACGAGUGGACAAACAUGCAGCGGUUCCUGUUGGAGAUCUCUAAUCCAGAGACCAUCUCAAACACAGCUGGCUUCGAGGGCUAUAUCGACUUGGGGAGGGAGCUCUCCACUUUGCAUUCCCUGCUCUGGGAGGUCAUUUCUCAGUUCGAGCAGAGUACGGUCACCAAACUCGGACCUCUGCCUCGGAUCCUGAGGGACGUCAACACAGCUCUCAAUAAUCCGGCCAGUGUGCAAUUGUCAGUGACAGCUGAGCACGCAGCCUCUACUCCAAGUACAGGAGGCAGCAUCUCUGCAGGGCUCCAGAAGAUGGUGAUUGAAAAUGAUCUGUCUGGUCUGAUAGAUUUCACACGGUUACCAUCUCCAACCCCUGAAAACAAGGACUUGUUUUUUGUCACAAGGUCCUCUGGGGUCCAACCCUCCCCUGCCCGGAGCUCGAGCUACUCGGAGGCCAAUGAGCCUGAUGUCCAGAUGUCCAACGGCAGCAAAAGUCUCUCCAUGGUGGACCUACAGGACAGUCGGGUGUUGGAUGGGGGCACCAGCACCCCAGGGGCCUCGGACCCUCUCAAUGACAGCCAGUCAUCUACAGGGCAGCUACAGGGUGUGUGGACAGCCCGGACAACCCAGAACAGCCUGGCUGGCAUGGCCACAGUACGCCGGGCAGGGCAGACACCCACCACACCCAGUUCUGAGGGCGCGCCGGGCCGGCCCCAGCUGCUAGCGCCACUUUCUUUCCAGAACCCUGUAUAUCAGAUGGCUGCUGGUCUGCCCCUCUCACCCCGAGGCUUAGGGGAUUCAGGCUCUGAGUGCCACAGUUCGCUGAGCUCUCACAGCAACAGUGAGGAGCUGGCGGCCAGCAAACACAGUGGGGGCGGCUUUGGGAGCGCUGCGGCUGAGGACUUGGCCCGGCGCCCUGGGGAGCUGGCAAGGCGGCAGAUGUCGCUGACGGAAAAGGGUGGACAGUCUGCGGUGCCACGGCAGAACAGUGCUGGCCCCCAGCGGCGGAUAGACCAGCCGCCACCUCCUCCUCCCCCCCCUGUCACCCGAGGCCGGACACCACCUUCCCUCCUGAACACCAUGCAGUACCCCCGGCCAUCAAGUGGGAGCAUGAUGUCCUCCUCCCCUGACUGGCCGGGCAGUGGAGCCCGGCUCAGGCAACAGUCAUCCUCCUCCAAGGGUGACAGCCCCGAGAUGAAGCAGCGUACCAUGCACAAACAGGCCCCUUCACCUGUGAACCCCAAUGCACUGGACCGCACAGCCGCUUGGCUAUUGAAUAUGAACAUGCAGUUUUUAGAAGAUGAGAGCUUUGACCCAGACCCCAAACACAGGGAUAAGCUAAGGAGUAAAGAGGAGCUCAGCCAAGCUGAAAAGGACAUUGUAGUGCUCCAGGACAAGCUGCGCAUCUCGACCAAGAAGCUAGAGGAGUACGAGAGCAGGUUCAAGUGCCAGGAGGAGACAACCCAGAAGCUGAUGCUGGAGUACCAGGCCCGGCUGGAGGAGGGCGAGGAGAGGUUAAGAAGGCAGCAGGAGGACAAGGAGAUUCAGAUGAAGGGCAUAAUUAGCAGGUUAAUGUCAGUGGAGGAGGAGUUAAAGAAGGACCAUGCAGAAAUGCAGGCGGCAGUGGACUCCAAACAGAAGAUUAUUGAUGCCCAGGAAAAACGCAUUGCCUCACUGGAUGCAGCCAACGCACGCCUCAUGAGUGCUCUGACCCAGCUGAAAGAGAGGUACAGCAUGCAGACCCGUAACGGCAUCUCCCCCACAAACCCAACCAAAUUGCAGAUUACAGAGAAUGGAGAAUUCAGAAACAGCAGCAAUUGUUAACUCACUCCGAGGGAGGAGGAGCGCUGCCACUGCCGCCGGGCAUGGGGGGAGGAGGAGACAAAAGUAAAAUAUAGAAAUAAAAACCCCAGGAUCUCCAACCCAGUGCACCAGGGGCAGCAGGAGCAACAGCCACUUCAGAGAAUGGUUCAUCUCUCCCCUCCCUCCCCCCCAAGACACCAGGCCGGCCGGGAUAAGAGCCAGCGUGUGUGACUGAUGCACUGUGGGGCAGAAGGCACUGCCUCCUCCCUCUCCUCUCCUCUCCCCUCCCCAAGAAGCUAAUGCCCAUGUGUUUGGGGGAAGGUGGAAAAAAAAAAAAGACUUAUCUGUGGGAGUUGUGUGGCCUAAGGGGGAAAAAUGUUAUAUUUGGAAAAAAAAAUACCAGAAAACCAAACUGCAAAGUGUCACUGUUGGUGGAUUUCUUUGGUGUGUAAAUGUUUGAACCAAUGACCCUUUUUCUCUUGAGCUGGACAAAUCUCCAAAUUCUCACGAGGGCUGAUAAUUCUUGGGUUAAUUUCUGUUAAGGAGAAAGAGGGCAAAGAAACCAAGACUCACUCCUAGCCCAUCUCCAGGACUGGACCUGGAAUUCCAGGCCAUCCCCACCCUUACCCAGAUCACUAUUGCUCUAACACUGCCCAGGGAAGAGUGCUUUG